GGAGUUCUCCUCCAAGCUCAUUAUUAUGGCCUGCGCCCACCAGCUACGCUUCUUUUGCUAGCCGUACCAUUCUCCUCCCGCUGCACUCUCGUCGCUCUCUGCUUUUCCCCCCGCAGCAAUUGUAGCUGACGCACGCCGGUCGACCAGCUACAUACAGUCUACCUGUGUUGUUUGCUCCUUCCUUGUAAACGGCACCCUUAUCGAGUUGAGCCUUCCAUCUCAGGAGUGAAACCACCUCACGGCAGUCGAUACCGAGCCAAAUCACCUGAUCCGCGUGUCAUUCUUGCUGUGGACUCAGCUCGAUCACCAAACGUCGCACAACAUUACUCCACUGCAUCUGCAGUCAGCCAUCAUUGGAAAAGGGUCCUCCUGACGACUUAGUCCCUGCGGCACUGCGUACAUCACAAUUACAAACACUGUCCUUGCUACCACAUCGUGAACCACUCCUUCUACACCACAAUGGCAGCAAACAACGAAAAGUACGACCCCGUCACCUUUGGCGUCACCAUUGAGGGCAACACCGACGUCCCCAAGUCAACUUCGUCGCCCGCACCCUUACUCCCAUCGUCCAACGCGUCGACAAUGACGACAGCCACAGCAGAGGCCGCCAAGAAGGAGAUGGCUAUCGACUCGUCGAACCCCUACUCUGCCUUCUACAACCACCCAGAUGCUCGUCGCUCCUUCGGCAAUGUCAGCGCGCCACAGAGCAAGACACAUCUCGAGAUCAACACCUACGAGCGCGACCUCGAAGCGGGUGUCCCACUAUCGGCCGCUACCACACAGCAGCUGCCCAAAGUCUCGGUCGACGGUCGUGUCAGGGAGGUCAAGGAGUGCACAAUGUGGCCGUCGAGGCAAGCUGUGCUCGACAAGCGAAAGGACCACAAGCGCAAGAAGGGCUGCAACCUCUUCCAGGGCUUGACCAGCAAGCAGAGGUUAUGGAUUAAGAUCAUCAUCGCUCUCCUCGUCAUUGGCGCUGCGGUCGGUCUUGGUGUAGGCAUCUCGCGAGCGGUCGGUGGUGGUGUAUGGGCCGGCGAGGGCAAGAGCAAGGAGAUCCCGCACAACUGAGCUCUUCAUGGGCUCCGUUAGCAACAGCACUGUCACAGGUUCGUUGCCCUAUAUUGCGCGCAGUCGAGACCACAGCUAACAUCUGCUAGAGUCGCUCAGUACAUCAUUUGAGCAUGACCAUCGACUACGACUACGC